CAGAGGAUCUCACUUUAUUCAGACAUCGCUCGGUUCUCUUGCUCUGCGUCGUUCAUUGUAUCUCUAAGGCUGCUAGUUCCAGUACAUACUAGCGCUUCUCAGCUAGUGUUUACGUCAGUCCGCUCUUAGCUUCCACGCUUCGGGCCUUCUAGCUCGCCGAUAACCAGUGCUCGUUAGUUACUCCGACGCUGAAAAUAGGUGUCUCGCAGUCUUCCCUCGACCGUGUGUGCGCCGCGUCUCUCGGCGGCAGAACGAACCUUGUCGUCGAUUCGCGAUUCACUGAGGCGCUCGCCGCGUUCGCCGCUUCGGAAACGCACUUUCAUCGCGAUUCCUGGGGCAGCUCGAGGCAAAUCGACGGCCGGUCUUUCUUGUGCGAGCAGCUGGAUGCGACCGACCACGUGCGCCGCUCCUCUGCCGCCGCCGCGGUUUCCGCCGCUGCCGGCGCGACUAGCACCGCGAGCGAGCGCAGGGACAGCGCGAUCCGCGCUCUCGCGGAGUCGAUCCUCGUCGCCUGCCCGGCGCGACACUCGUUCGCCUUCUCCUCCUCCUCCGGGUCGGACGGCGCCGCCGACGCCGCUGGUGCUGCGUUUGGGAGCAUCCAUGGCGGCGCGUGUCGCUCGUCCAUGUCGUCCUUCGCCUUCUCCACGCGCGGGGGACGCGACGGGGGCUCCUCCUCUUUCUGGGGGGGACGGGGCUCCUCCUCUUUCUGGGGGGGACGGGGCUCCGCCUCCUCCUCCUCCUCGGGCGGAAGAGGUUCCGCCUCUUCCGCGUGGCCCCGCCGCUCCUCUGCGUCGUCGUUCGCCUUCUCCAAUCUCGCCGCUUCUUCCCCGCGUCCCUCGGACGGCCCUCUGUUCACUAUCGCGGAAGCUCUUACCGAAUCACUGCUGGCCGUCCAAGACCCCUUCCCUCCGUCGGACGGUCAGUCUUCUGACGGUGUGGCUGCUGGCAGUCGUGGAGAAGCGGAUGGCGGCGUUGCGGCGGCGGAAGAACAGGCGACGGACGGCAAUUUGCCGCCCGAUCUGAGCGGGUUGAGCAACGGGGAGUUGCUAAUGGUGGCGGCGAGCCGCAUCGCGCUGCUGACGGCGUCGCUGGGCGAGUCGCGGGCGAUCAACGAGGAGCUGAUGAGGGCGAGGGAGGCGGCGCUCUCGCUGCUCAUGGAUACGCAGCGGAAACUGACGGAGGCCACGACGCGCGCCGUGCUGUCGAUGCCACGUGUCGACAGCUCGUGCGAUCUGGCUGCGCUUGGCCGGGUUCGUGGCGGCGGGAGCGCGCAGCCACCGCCGUCGUCGGCCGUUUCCACGUCGGCGUCGUCGUCAGCGGCAGCAGCGUCAGCGGCAUCGCCGACGGGGCAGAAGGCGAAGAUUUACCUGGACGAUGACGAUGACGAUGACGGCGACUACGACGAAUCGGACGACGAAUGCGACGUGCCUCGCAGGCCCGUCGCACCAGUCGCCAGGAGCCCGCAUGCGGCUCCGUCGCCCCCCGCCCCGAGCCCAGCCCUUGCGCCAUUGGCGGAAGCUCGGUCAGCGGAGAGCGAGGAGGCGGAGUAUGCGCGGUUCCUCGAGCGGAAGGUCGCGGAGCUGCAGGGGGCGCUGUCGCAGGCGGAAGGCGCGCUGGAGUCCGCGCGUGCGAAGCGCGAGGCCUGGGCGGAAGGCCAGGAGCGCGCGGUUGCCGCCGCCGUCGCGGACGGCGAGGCUUCCGCCAAGCGCGCGCGGGCACGGGAGGUGGAGCUGAUGGUGGCACUGCGGAGGGUGGAGGGGCAGCUUGUAACGGAGCGCAGACGUCACGUGGCAGAGGUCGAUUCGCUGAAGGAAGCACUGGCCGGGGCGCAACGGGAGAAGGAGGGGUUAUUAACGAGCCUGGAGGAAAUGGGUCGGGCGUUGGAGCAGCAGCGGGAGGAGCGGGACGCGAUCGUGGGGAGGCUGGCAGCGGAGAAGGCGGAUAUGGUGGGCGAGCUGAUGGACGUGAUUGUAGAGGCCGUGACUGACGCGGGGGGUGUGGGGGUUCUAGGGGGUGUGGGGGGUGUGGGGUGUGCAUCUGGGCUGCUGGGUGCUGCUGCUCUGUUGGAACCGGUUCUGGCUGAUGCGGCAUAUGUGAGCGUGGCUUCUGCUGACGUGGCAGUGGCUGGUGACGUGGCAGUGGUCAGUGACUUGGCGGAUGGGGGAACCACAGCAGCUGAGGUGGCACUGGAGGGAGGCAGUUACGGGGGUUGGGAGGAAGUUCAGCCAGAGGCUGCUGCUGAGGGGGGUGAAACCCUCAUUGCAACCUCUGAAGCUGACACCACUGUCACCCUUGCUACAGCUGCUACAGCUGUUACACUUGCUACAGCUGCUACAGCUGUUACACUUGCUACAGCUGCUACAGCUGUUACACUUGCUACAGCUGCUACCGCUGUUACACUUGCUACAGCUGCUACCGCUGUUACACUUGCUACAGCUGCUACCGCUGUUACACUUGCUACAGCUGCUACCGCUGUUACACUUGCUACAGCUGCUACCGCUGUUACACUUGCUACAGCUGCUACCGCUGUUACACUUGCUACAGCUGCUACCGCUGUUACACUUGCUACAGCUGCUACCGCUGUUACACUUGCUACAGAUGCUACCGCUGUUACAGCUGCUGCAGCUGGGGAUAGGAUUAGCAGCAGAAGGCGCUACAGCACAACUGCUGGAGACGGCAGGGGCAGGGGCAGGAGCAGGGGCAGGGGCAAGGGGGAUGACAGAAUCAGUGGCACCAGGAGCGGGCGGGGAAGUGAGGGAGCACGGGGAAAAGGAGUGGAUUCAGAAGGACAUAUUUCCAAGGGCAAGAGCCGGGUGCUGAGGGAUAGGGACCUGCCCGCUCGGCGACACACUAUGGUCCCCUGCAGGCUCCCCCGCUCCUCCCUUCCCUUGCACCUCCACUCCUUCCACUGCCGCCCCUCGCUCCCAUCCCUGUUACCCGUUGGCCGAGAGCCAGGGGAGGGCCGAAGGGGUGAGGAAAACGUGGAGUGGAGGGAGGGGGCGAGAGUGAGGCAGGGUGAAGGGGAGGGAGGGGGCUGCAAGGGCUGGAGAGAACGGAGGGGCGAGGCCCAAGGGAGGGCGCUGGACAGGGGGGAGGGGAGGGGUUUGAAUGGCAGGCGUUCCGAGCUCUUAUCGAUGAUGGUGCUGUGGCGGGUGGUGCUGUGGCGGGUGGUGCUGUGGCGGGUGGUGCUGUGGCGGGUGGUGCUAUGGAGGGUGGUGCUAUGGAGGGUGGUGCUAUGGAGGGUGGUGCUAUGGAGGGUGAUAAUGGCGAGGCUGGUGAGGGGGCGGAGAGGAGUGACAGGACGGACCCUGGAGCAGUGAUUGGUGGUGACUCUAUUGAAGGUGAUACUAUUGAGAGUGAUGUGAUGGGGCGACGAGGCAGGGUGGUGUCUGGGAGGAGGCGGUGGUGGGACAGAGGGGUGAUGGAGCGGGUGAGGGCGUGGGAGUGGCGGGGGGGGAGGGAGAGAGGAGCAGGAAGGGAGGGGAGAAGUUCAGAAGCGGGAGCAGGGGAGCAGAGGCAGGUGGAUCAGAGAGAGGGUGGGGACAUGAGGGUAGGUGAACAUGGGGGGCGUGUGGCUGUGAGUGAGGCUGUGAGUGGGGCUGUGAGUGAGGCUGUGAGUGAGGCUGUGAGUGAGGCUGUUGGGGGGGGAGGCUACAGAAGGAAUGCGGAUGUGAGGAGUGAGCAUCUGUGGGAUGAGAGUUGGAGUGAGCAUGCGCUUGGGGGGGUGGUGGAGGGGGGAGAAGAGAGUGACGAGCUGGGGGCGAUGGGGAUGCUUGACGGCGAUAAGGAGAAUGUAGAGCCGGCCAUGUAGGUGUAGUAGGGUAGGGUUGUUCAUCCAGGUCCUGACAUUGGUCAAUGAUCAUGAACAUUUCUGAAGUAUUUUUUCCUUACUGUUAAGCUGCCUAUGACAACCAUGCUG